CAGGUGCUCAACAAGUGGUUGCAGCAGCAUAGUUUUUGUAAGUUUUGUUCUAUUUCGAGCAAGGCGCGUAGGACGAGAGAGUAUCUUGAUACAGCCAACGUUCAGGAGUUGACGGUUGAUGAGAUCGAGAAUACUGGGGCAAGCAUCACCAGAAAUUCCUCCACUACUGAUCAACAUCCUUAUGUAUAG